AAUUUAAGCUUUUGAAUGCAGAAAGUUGUUGUAAUUAUGUAUCACUUCUCAAUUGGAAUCAUACAUUUCAAGAAAAUCUCCACUUUAUUCCCAAUCAACUCUUAUUCUCGGUUUUUCUCCAACUUAACUGCAAAAAGAAUACCUUCAGAUUCUUUAAUAUUUGCAGAAAAGUUGGCUUCUUCAUUGGAGAGGUGUUACGAUGUUCGUUCUUUGAAAAAGCUUCAUGCUUGCAUAUAUAUUCAAGGUCUUGAAACCCACACCUUUUUGGGUUCUAAGCUUUUAAAUACCUAUGCGUUUUUCGGUUUAUUGAAUGAAUCGAGAUCCAUUUUUAGUAGAAUUAUUAACGAUAAUCUUUCCCUUUGGAAUUCAAUUUUUGAUGGGUAUUUUAAAGCCGGUCAAUUUGAUGAAGUUCUUAGGGUUUAUUUAAAUAUAAGGCAAAGAAAAAUUGGUAUGCAUGGUUCAGCAUUUACAUUUAGUCUCAAGAGUUGCAUUCAGUUGUGUAGCCAGGAAUUUGGAACAGAAAUUCAUGCUGAUAUAUUGAAGUUUGGUUUGAAUACAAAUCGGUUUGUGGGUUCCUCUUUGAUCGGGUUUUAUUCAAUGUGUAGAGAUAUGGUAGACGCAUGCAAGGUGUUUGAUGAAAUAACUGAGAGAGAUCUUGUUGCCUAUACGUCUAUGAUAACUGGAUAUACACAAACCAACAAUCAUCAAGCUUAUAAGGCAUUUGCUAUCGUUCGACAAAUGCAGACUGAUAACUUGGAACCAAACCGUGUGACUUUAGUGAGUUUACUACAGGCAGCAGCACAGUUAAGGUUGCUGGAUCAUGGAAAGGUUAUCCAUGCCUUUGCAAUUAGAAGAGGAAUAGAUUGUUUUGAUGAGGUUUUUGAAACAAGUCUUAUGGACAUGUAUAUCAAGUGCGGGCCACCAAAUAAGGCAACCAUGGUUUUUGGUAACAUGAGCACAAAGGCAUCUGUUUGUUGGAAUGUAUUGAUUGAUGGUCAUCUGAAGUCAAGGCAGCCCUCGGAAGCCUUGAAUCUUUUUUAUCGCAUGGCGCAAGAAGGUCACAGAUUAGAUUUGGUGGCUUUAGCAAAUGGGAUUUUAAGUUGUUCUAAGUUGGGCUUACUACGAGUUGGUAAGAGCAUCCAUGGUUAUAUGUUCAGAAACGGACUUCUGCUUGAUGUUGUUGCGAAGACAGCUCUGAUUGAUAUGUACUCAAAAUGUAACAAUUGUAGCAAAGCUAGGGAAAUUUUUGAUACCUUGAAGGACAAAGAUGUCAUUUCCUUUAACGUGAUGAUGGCAGGUUAUCUCCACAACGGGCAUGAUCGUGAAGUCAUUGAAGCAUUCCAUAACAUGAGAAGAUUGGGUUUGACUGAAAAUGAAGGUACCAUUUUGACUGUCAUUUCUGCAUUUUCUAAUCUGAAAGAUAUAAGACAAGGUACAAGCAUCCAUGGAUUUGUGAUUACACAUGGGUUCGAGUUAAAAACUGAUAUUGCUAAUCAGAUCAUGUAUUUAUAUGUAAAAUGCGGUUAUAUAGACUGUGCUAGGCAAGUUUUUGAUCUAAUAAAACACAAAGACUUGGUUUCUUGGACAUCAAUGAUGAUGGGUUAUGAGAAUCUUGGCCAUGCUGAUGAAGUGAUAGCUUUGUUUCAAGAAAUGAUGCAGUUGGAAAAAGAACUGAACCCUGAUUCAGUCAUUUUAACUUGUUUGCUUCAAGCCUUUUCCCGGCUCGGGUGUCUAAGCCAAGUGAAGGAGAUUCACUGUCAUGUGAUUCGGGUAUCAAUGGAGGAGGAGAUCACCAUCAUGAACUCUUUGCUAACUACUUAUAGCAAGUGUGGAAUGUACAGAACUGCAAGAGAUUUGUUUCAUCAGAUGGGUACAAAAUGUUUAGCCUCUUGGAACACAAUGAUAGCUGCAUCAGGGAUGCAUGGUGAUUGUUUCGGAUCAUUAGAAUUGAUGGACCAAAUGAAGAAAGAAAAUAUCUUUCCUGAUGAGGUUACCUUCAUGUCAACACUAUCUUCUUGCAGCCAUGCUGGUUUGGUAGAAAAAGGUCUGCAUCUUUUUAGGAGCAUGAAAGAAGUAUACGGGCUUGUUCCAGGAGAAGAGCAUUACGGUUGUAUGGUUGACUUGCUGGGGCGAGCAGGUCAACUUGACGAAGCGUUAGAGUUCUUGAAAUGGCUCCCACCAACACAGAGUGGUUCUGCAGUUAGUGCACUGGUUGCUGCUUGUAGAGUUCACGGAAACAAUGAAAUAGGAGAGGGUUUAGGAAGAUGGCUCUUGGAUCUCGACCCUGAGAAUUCAAGUUCAUAUGGCUUGGUUUCAAACAUGUAUGCAGAAGGCGAAAAAUGGAAUGAGGCAGCGCAAAUAAGAGCGACUGCAAAGCAGAAAGGCUUGAAGAUGACUACUGGCUGUAGUUUGAUAGAACUAGACAGAUAGUUUGAAGAUCAGUUCUUCGAUUUCUUGUACUCCAUGCAUCUUUGAAACCAUUUUCUUCUUUUAUACACAGUUGAUCAGAUUUUAGA